UUCUUAACUACAGACAGGUUUCCAAUCUUGUAUUUCUACUGAAACUGUUCUAAUUCUAUCAGUGAUUCCAAUGUUACCCAAACUCAUGGACUUUUCUCAGUCCCUUUCUUUGACUUCUAUGCAGGCUCUGAUACUUUUGAUCACCCUUUUCUCUCUGAUACUCUCCAGGUUUUAGUGAUGCUACUACUCUUUCCUAGUACUCCUCUAGCUAUCUGAUCUUUCUUCUUUCUAUUUCACUAUAUCUUUAUCCAGAUAGAGUCUGCUUGCUGUGUGUGUCCCAUGGGGUUUUUUCUUGGGCCAUCUUUUUUUCUUUUUCUAUGUGAUUUCCUUUGGUAAUGACAUCUGCUCUAAUAGGUUCAGUUAUCAUUCUAUGCUGAUGAUUUUCAGAUCUACUUGUCCAGUUCUAAUAUUUAUCACAACAUUCAACCUUACAUCUACAAUUAAUUAUUAGGCAUAUUGAACUGGAUAGUCUAUAGACAUCUUAAAUGCAAAAUGUCCAAAAUUGCACUCCUCUACCCCUCAAAAAAUCUUCCCCUUAUUCUAACUUCUCUAUACCAUUGAGGCUAUUAUCCUCCUCCACAGUCAUCCAGAUUCAAAACCUAGGUUUCAUAUUCAACUCUUCAUUCUCUCUCACCUACCAUAUCCAAUCUGCCAUAAAGUGAUAUAUUAUUAUAGUUAAGAUUCAAAUUUGGGAGGAAUUUCUGUAGUGUCUUGAUGAAACUGGAGAAUAAUUGAGAUUUGGGGGACCAAAAUUUACUUCGGGAGUUAAGUGGGUGAUGGCACAGACAGUAAGAAUAUGUAUCAAUAAAACAAGUAUUUUUGAAGAAUAUAGAAUGCCAGAGACAGUUUUCUAGCAAAAGCUUGAAGUUAAGAAUGUCAGAAUUUAAAUCCUGCCUCUGAAAUAUAUUGACAAUGUAACUAUGGACAGGGCAUCAAACCUCUCAGCUCUAUAAACAAAUCUCUAAAUCUCAGAAAAGCAGAUCUGCACUGGCCCUCUCUCAGCCAAAGGCUGAGAAAAUUCAGAAUCUCUUCUCAUUGGGUCGUACUCGCCUUUCUCAUUGCUAUUGGUUAUGUUUGUAGAUAAUGAAUUAAUGGCAGCUGGCCAUGUAAUAACAUUUUUAAAUAGCACAGAAACCGAAAGUAGAAAGCUUGUACAUUCUGGCUGCUUUAACUAGAUCUCAAGAAGAGACAACAAAUAGGUUUCCUCAAGUUUCAUGAUGUUUCGAGUAGUCAGGAGCAAACGAUGUAGGUUGAGCAUCAUCCAUUUAAAACGCCUUCAUCAUAAGGCUGUGCUGGCACUCAGGCGAGAAGAUGUAAAUGCGUGGGAAAGGAGAGCACCUCUGGCCCCAAAGCACAUUAAAGGGAUCACCAAUUUGGGAUAUAAGGUGCUUGUUCAACCUUCGAAUCGAAGAGCCAUUCAUGAUAAGGAAUAUGUCAAAGCUGGUGGCAUUCUUCAGGAAGAUAUUUCUGAGGCUUGCCUCAUUGUGGGAGUUAAGAGACCUCCAGAAGAAAAAUUAAUUCCCAGGAAGACUUAUGCAUUCUUCUCUCACACAAUAAAAGCUCAGGAAGCAAAUAUGAACUUGUUGGAUGAGAUUCUAAGACAGGAAAUACGGCUUAUUGAUUAUGAGAAAAUGGUUGAUCAUAAAGGAACACGUGUGGUGGCCUUUGGACAAUGGGCAGGUGUGGCAGGGAUGAUCAACAUUUUACAUGGAAUGGGCUUAAGGUUUCUUGCCCUGGGACAUCACACACCUUUUAUGCAUAUUGGUAUGGCCCAUAACUACAGGAAUAGCAGUCAAGCUGUGCAAGCUGUACGUGAUGCUGGCUAUGAAAUUUCUCUGGGAUUGAUGCCCAAAUCAAUAGGACCUUUAACAUUUGUGUUCACUGGCACUGGUAAUGUGUCUAAGGGUGCACAGGAAAUCUUCAAUGAACUCCCUUGUGAGUUUGUGGAGCCACAUGAAUUAAGAGAAGUUUCCCAAAGUGGAGAUCUCAGGAAAGUCUAUGGGACAGUGUUAAGUCGACAUCAUCACCUUGUCAGGAAAAGAGAUGGGGUAUAUGACCCUGUAGAGUAUGACAAACAUCCUCACCUCUAUACAUCUCGCUUUAACACUGAUAUUGCCCCAUACACUACUUGUUUAAUUAAUGGAAUCUACUGGGAGCAAGACACUCCUCGAUUAUUGAGCCGGCAAGAUGCCCAGAAGCUUCUUGCACCAGUUAAAUCCUCAGUUAUUUCUGUUGAAGGUUGCCCUUCUUUGCCCCAUAAACUUGUAGCCAUAUGUGACAUCUCAGCUGACACAGGAGGUUCUAUAGAAUUUAUGACGGAAUGUACGACAAUAGAUAGUCCCUUUUGUAUGUAUGAUGCUGACCAGCAUAUUAUUCAUGAUAGCGUUGAAGGCUCUGGUAUACUCAUGUGUUCCAUUGACAAUUUACCAGCCCAACUCCCAAUUGAAGCUACAGAAUAUUUUGGAGACAUGCUUUUUCCAUAUGUUGAAGAAAUGAUAUUAUCAGAUGCGACUCAGCCUCUUGAAAGUCAGAAUUUCUCUCCUGUUGUCCGAGAUGCAGUGAUUGCAUCAAAUGGAUCAUUGCCUGAUAAAUAUAAAUAUAUUUUGAAACUACGGGAGAGCAGGGAGCGUGCACAGUUGCUUUCAAUGGACAACAGAAAGAAAGUUUUGCUUCUUGGAACUGGUUAUGUGUCUGAGCCUCUACUAGAAUACCUUUCUAGAGAUGACAGCAUUGAAAUAACAGUGGGCUCAGAUAUGAAGAAUCAACUUGAGCAUUUGACCAAGAAAUACAAAAUUAAUCCUAUUAUUUUGGACAUUGGCAAGCAUGAGGAGAGAUUGGCCAGCUUGGUGAAAAAACAGGACCUUGUGAUCAGCUUGCUACCCUAUGUAUUACAUCCUGUAGUGGCCAAAGCAUGUAUUGCCAGCAAAGUGAAUAUGGUCACUGCUAGCUACAUUACACCAGCCAUGAAAGAAUUGGAGAAAAGUGUGAAUGAAGCCGGCAUCACGUUACUUGGAGAGCUGGGAUUGGAUCCUGGCCUUGAUCAUAUGUUGGCCCUAGAAACAAUUGAUAAAGCUAAAGAAGUAGGAGCCACGAUUGAAUCUUACAUCUCCUUUUGUGGUGGUUUGCCAGCCCCAGAGCAUUCUGACAAUCCUUUGAGAUACAAAUUCAGCUGGAGCCCCGUUGGAGUCUUAAUGAACAUCCUACAACCUGCUAAAUAUCUGCUUAAUGGAGAGGUGAUUGAAACUGGUGGAUCAUCUUUUCUUGAUUAUGUUACCUCCAUGGAUUAUUUCCCAGGAUUAAACUUGGAAGGCUAUCCUAAUAGAGAUAGUACCAAGUAUGCUGAGAUAUAUGAUAUUCAGUCUGCUCAUACUUUAUUGCGUGGGACUCUAAGAUAUAAAGGAUAUGCCAAAGCUUUGAAUGGAUUUGUAAAAUUGGGCCUAAUAAAUAGAGAUGUAUACCCUGCCCUUAGUCCUGAAGCCUCACCUAUCACCUGGAAAGAACUGCUCUGUGAAUUGGUUGGCAUUUCACCUUCCUCCACUCAUGAUGUACUAAAGGAAGCUGUGUACAAGAAACUGGAUGGGGAUGACUUGCAGCUGCAGGCAGUAGAAUGGUUUGGGUUACUUGGAGAUGAACAAGUCCCUAAAGCAGGAUCUCUUGUGGAUGCAUUCUCUAAACAUUUAGUGAUGAAACUUUCCUAUGGUCCUGGAGAAAAAGAUAUGAUUGUAAUGAGAGACAGUUUUGGAAUACGACAUCCUUCUGGUCAUUUAGAACACAAAACUGUUGAUCUUGUAGUAUAUGGUGAGGUCAAUGGAUUUUCAGCUAUGGCUAAGACUGUUGGUUUGCCAGCAGCCAUGGCUGCCAAGAUGAUUCUGAAUGGUGAAAUUAAAACAAAAGGCUUGAUAGGGCCUUUUACAAAGGAGAUCUAUGGACCAAUACUGGAGCGUAUUAAAGCAGAAGGCAUUAUCUAUACAACUCAAAGCACCAUUAAGCAGUGAUUGGGAAUAACCAUGUAAUUAUAUUUAACAGACAUCAAAACGUGCCAAAGGGCUCCAAACUUUCUUCUCUUUUAAAUAGUAUUUUUCCCAAUUAAAUAUCAAGACAAUUUUUAGUAUGUCCCUUUUGAAAGAUUUUAAGUUCC